CUGAUCCGCUCGUGCGCUUGUGGCGGAGAAAAACGCUGGCCGGCGCGUUGACGUCACUGGGAACGCGCAAAGACGGUGGAGGAGGGGAGAACGAAAACCGGGGGUUGGCACUUGCAUCCCAGCACAGGAGGAGGAGGAGGGCGGCACUGCUGCAGCCAAUGUCUGCCAAGCCUGGACUGGAGCCCCACACCUACAGACACUGACCACCAGGAGAUGCCUGUAUCACUACAGGCUGAGAUAGGACUAGACUGGAGAGUAAACAUUGACAGAGGGUGUUACGGUUAAAGGACACAGUCACAGCUGACUUCACAGAUGAAAGUGUGCUCUAGCCAGUUCCUUCAAAGAGAAGUGGCAUUAAAUGUUGGCAACACAGACGGGACCAUCGUAAAGGCAUCCAAGAGGUAGUAAACUACUGUAGAUCAAAUUGCACUUUUAGAAAUUAUUUUAUUUUGUGCUGCUACAGAAGGAUACUAGAGAGUGAAUCACUUUGAUAUGUCUUUGAAUUUACUCUUGGGUACCACAAUCAAAGGAUAUUAACAGGUGACAUCACUAGAUAGCACGGUAGAAACAAAAUAUUAUGUUGUGGGAGUCACAACUACAAGAAGCCACUUGAAUUCCUCAGCAUGCCAGGAGGCACUAUUUAUUUACUGGGUGUGUAAUAAAACUUUUUUGAAAGGGUGUGACAUUUGGAGCACUGCAAGUCCCAUCAUGGGUAUCCUAAAGUGCCAUGUCUGCCGAACCUGAAGAAGUAACAAGCAUUCUGAGUCUGGAAGAAAGAAACAAAAAAAAAGGCCUGCGUUCCUCACUGGCAUCAUCUUAUAUACCUCUGUCCCCUCAGUCUGUGUUGGCCAGUCUUCCCUUGCCCUUCCCUCACGCACAUACACCAUGAGCUCCUUGCUCCCCUUUGACAGUGUGCUAUGUAACCUUUUGGGACUGUCCCUCACACUGUGGUUCACCCUGCUCCUUGUAUUCAUCAUCGUUCCUGCUAUCUUUGGUGUUUCGUUUGGCAUUCGCCGGCUGUACAUGCACACCCUGCUCCGUAUCUUCACGUGGGCAACCUUACGUAUAGAGAGAGGAGUAAAGGAGAACCGCAAUGCACUGUAUAAGCCUCUUACUAAUGGAAUUAUUGCUAGAGAGAGAACAUCGUUGGAGGAUGGCAUCUCAAAGCUUCGUGGAUCUGGGAGCUCGUUGGAAGAUCCCGAAUUUGCUCUGUCAGACAUCUUUUAUUUCUGUAGACAAGGCAUGGAGAGCAUCAUGGACGACGAGGUGACCAAGCGUUUCUCAGCAGAGGAGUUAGAGACCUGGAAUCUGCUGAGCAGAACAAACUAUAACUUUCAGCAUAUCAGCCUUCGGCUUACUGUGCUGUGGGGUUUAGGCAUGUUGGUCAGAUACACCUUCUUACUGCCACUCAGGAUUGCUUUAGCUGUUACAGGCAUCGGCCUUCUGGUUUUUGGUACUACUGUAGUCGGAUAUCUGCCCAAUGGCCGAUUUAAAGAGUUCUUGAGUAGACAUGUGCAUUUGAUGUGUUACCGGAUAUGUGUGCGUGCACUAACUGCCAUCAUAACAUAUCAUGGGAGUGAGAAUCGGCCCAGGAAUGGUGGUAUAUGUGUUGCUAAUCAUACAUCUCCAAUCGAUGUGAUCAUCCUGGCCAGUGAUGGCUACUAUGCUAUGGUAGGACAGAUCCAUGGUGGACUAAUGGGAGUGAUUCAAAGAGCCAUGGUAAAAUCCUGCCCGCAUGUCUGGUUUGAGCGCUCAGAGGUCAAGGACCGCAUUUUAGUGGCUAAAAGGCUUACUGAUCAUGUGCAUGACAAGAGCAAGCUGCCUAUUCUUAUAUUCCCAGAAGGUACCUGCAUUAACAACACCUCUGUCAUGAUGUUUAAGAAGGGAAGCUUUGAGAUUGGUGCGACCAUCUACCCUGUUGCUAUUAAGUAUGACCCUCGGUUUGGAGAUGCUUUCUGGAACAGCAGUAAAUAUGGGAUGGUCACCUACCUACUGCGAAUGAUGACAAGCUGGGCCAUAGUAUGCAGUGUUUGGUAUUUACCUCCGAUGACACGUCGGGAGGACGAGGAUGCAGUGCAGUUUGCUAAUCGAGUGAAGUCGGCAAUAGCACGUCAGGGUGGGCUCGUUGAUUUGCUAUGGGAUGGAGGACUGAAAAGAGACAAAGUUAAAGACGUUUUCAAGGAGGAGCAACAGAAAUUGUACAGUCGCCUCAUUGCCGGAAACCAUGAAAACCGCAGCCGCUCCUGAGCCAUGGGAUUGGAAAGCGGGCUCCUGAGCUACAUUAUCGCUCCAUAGCUACAGGAAGGAGACACUGAGCCACAGGAAUCUAAGCCAUGGAGUGAGGACUGAAGGAACACAAGAACAGGGAAUUCAAAGGGACUAUUAGAUCAUCCAAUCUGGAUCUUUUUAUUUCCACCUAUUGUGCAAAAGAACAGUUGUAUGACAGGAUUAAAGAUGAUUUUGGUGAUGUCUAUUUCUUAAUCACAAAUUCUUGCUUCUGGUAUGGGUGCACUACUUCAUAUGUGGAGUUGAAAAGAGCCAGGAGAUCUGGUUACCAUACCAGGUCCAUGUCUGUUACAUUGAACUUCAAGCUACUAUGUCACUUUCGAUGUAUAAAUUACGUCAUCUGUGGGAUGUUACUGAAUUCCAUGCCUCAGAAGCUUUGGGCCAACAUUAGACCAAAAGGGCUGCACAGAUAUUAGAAAGAUAGUCUUGAAUAUGAAACGGCAGUGCCUGGAGCUUGCAUUUGGUGACUGGUUUCAAGGAAUUGAUUUGAAGCAAGCAACAUGUAGGUCAGAAAACUGCUGUGGCUAAGACACUUCAGAACCAAACCUUGUAUGUGGCAGAAACGUCCUUCGCAACUACCCUUACAAAUUCUCAUCCAGUCACACCAUCUACUCCCACUGUUGUCGCUUCUGACUAUGAGAGGAAGAAGGCAUCUUUCGUUAAUCAUUCGAGUCUAAAAAGGGGAUUAAUGAUGCCACUAGGUUUGAAAUCCUUUCUCUUUCUUUAUCCAGUGAAAAAUGUGCCUCCCUUUCUGUCUGUUACACAAUGUCCUGCAUGAGCCAAGAGCCACCUUCUUUGUUUUGUUUUUAUAAGGUCAAUAAAAUACCUUGCAAAAAAAA